UUGGAAUGUACGGAACCUAAGGACAAAAGUAUCAGUUUAAUUGCUUGUUAGUGUCGCGUUACGAGUUCUCGGAUUGUGAAGGGGUGGGGCGAGUUGUGGCUGAAUGAUGUCCAAAUCGGAUGGGUCUGGGUCUGCGGGUGUGAUGUUCUACUUUGCCAUUGUGGGCAGGAAAGACAACCCUCUUUAUGAGAGUGAGUUCGGCCACGCUAAGAGGGAGAUGCGGUACCUCAACCAAAUGAUAGCCCAUGCAUCUCUAGACAUGAUCGACGAGCAGGUAUGGACUCCGGGGUCGGACAAAAUGUACCUGAAGAGUGUAGACAAGUUUAAUCAGUACCACGUGUCGGGUUUCGUUACAGCUUCGUGCAUUCGGUUUGUACUGUUGCACAGUGACACGGGCAAAGAGGAGAACAUCAAGAACUUUUUCGCAGAAGUGUACGAAAACUUCAUCAAAAUAUCGGUGAACCCAUUUUAUGAACCGAAUACGCCAAUAAAAAAUGCAGCAUUCCAACAACGUGUGGAGGUAAUAGCUAAAAAAUGGCUGUUGUCGUGACAAUGGGGUUGACUGAGAAGUAAAGUUUGGAAAUGACGAUAUUUUCUGGGAUAUCGCGAGAGUAUCUCUGUUGGCACGCACCGGAUCACUAUCUAGCUUCUCUCGAAGUUUAAUUGGAGAUAAUGAUGAUGAUGAUGAUCUGAAGCCGAUUCUGUAACAUUGAAGAUAUAUAAAAUUUCAAUUUUAUUUUAAAUCAUGUUAAUUAGUUAAUUUAAUUUAA